AUGCCGCCGGCGGGCGGCCGCGGAGUGGGCGAGCAGGCGAUGGUGUACGUGGGCGGGCGAGAGAAAGCGCGUCCGGCGAGUGGUCAGUCGACGAGGAGGCGCUCCAGCCGAGCACGCCGAGGCGACGAGCACACGCGCCAGCCCGGAUGGCCGCCUGGAAGCUGGCCAGCUGCCCGGACUCGUCCGAUGGUGUCGUCGUCGGUGGCUCGACGCCAGGCUGGCUAA